AUCCUACCGCCACGUGUUGCUGCACACGUGUCAGGACCCCGGUUUAUUACGCUGUAUCACGACGACAGGUGUUCUCACUCGUCCCCGUUCAUCGAUCCUCGGUCGAUCCAUUCUCUAUAUAAACCCCAUGAAAGGACGCUUAUUCGAUCAACGUAAAUCGAUCUCACGCUAAUACAUCACUUACAUUCGGAUCUGAUCUCAGUUUGGAUUCAGAGCAUUAUAUUUUUUUAAUUUUCAGUUUCUUCCUUCCGAGUUGAAAUGGCGCACAUGAGAGACGAGUACAACAACAUUCGCAAAACAGACGGCGACCAGAUGCAACACCACCUCGGCCCCACGGGCUCCUCCGCCAUGCACGGCCAGCACCACCAGAUGGGCGGCUAUAACACCGCCGCCGGCACUGGCACGCAAGGCGGCAUGGCGAUGUCGGGACAGCACCAAAUGCACGACGGCGCGUUCAUGACGGGCGGCCAUCAUGGAACCAUACCAGAUGGCACUGCCAUGCACGGUGGCAGUGGGCAGAUGAUGCCGCAGCAGGAGCAUGGCGCUUCGCGCGGGAUGCUUCAUCGGUCCGGCAGCUCUGGCUCCAGCUCCAGCUCAUCGGAGGAUGACGGAGAAGGGGGAAGAAGGAAGAAGAAGGGGCUGAAGGAGAAGGUAAAGGAGAAGUUACCGGGGCACGGGCACGAUGAUCCGAUGCAUAACUCGGCAACAACCACUCCCGGUGGUCACGGAGCUUAUGACGCCAACGCGGACCACCAGCACGAGAAGAAAGGGAUUAUGGACAAGAUCAAGGAGAAGCUCCCUGGCCAUCAUUAACUAUAUAUCGACUACAGUGCUUGAUAUAUAAGCUUGUUUUAUUACAUGUAUGUUGCGGAUGGUUAAGACAAUAAAUGAUGUGUGCGGACCUAUCGUUAGCUCGUGCUUUGUUUUAUGUGUAAUUUGUGCCUAGGUUAAAGUGUGUAAGAGGUGGAUGUGUCGUUGCUAUAUAUCAUGUGCUGAUGUAGUUUAAGUUAAUGUCGAGCGGUGGUGUAUGUUUACGGCCAUAUAUUGGACCAGUACCCAUUAGUACAUGUUUGCUCUUUAUUGGGACUUUGGUUGGUUGAGCUGUCAAAUUUAAGAGUACAAAUUAACCACU